GCCGAGCGGCGCCGCUGCUGGUUCUCGCUGCUCGACUGUGCCGUCGCUCUGCAGCGCACUGACGGCAGAGAGACGCUGGUGCCGCUGGUGGCGGGCGCAAUGAUCGGCCACGUGCCGCUGCCGGACGUCAUGCGCCGCCUGUUCCAGGAGCCGGCCUACUCCAGCAGGGAGUUUGGUCACCUGCGCCCGCUGCUCACAGACCUGCUGCGCACAUGCCAGUACGAACGCGUGCUGUGCGACAGCGCGCGCCGCAUCGUGCAGGCCGACACGUGGCACGGCCACCUGCAGAAGCGGCGCGCCUGGAGCCGUGGCUACGGCGCGCCCGAGCGGUGCCACGUGUGCGGCCGCCGGCCCGAUCUGCAAGCGGGACAGAUGAUCGCCUUCAGGUGUGGCCACUUUUGCCAUCCGGGCUGCGCGCCGGAGCGGCCGAGCGGACGGCCGUGCGCCGUGUGCGGGGACCGGGCCCGUCCGGUGCCGUCCCCCGACGACGACCCCGGGCCCGGUCCACAGCUGUGA